UAUUAAGUCCGAGGUAGCAGCAGUGACAGGGGGCCAGAGGGCAGCCCCCAGGGCCCCCGAGCAGGAUGGUGUCCACAGCACUACGCAAUGGAGGCAAAGCUGAACACUGCACAGCCUGCGAGAGGGGCACCCCACGACUCCCCGGCCCUUUGUUCCAGGGCAGGCAAGGACCAACCUCUGUCCUUCCCCCAAAAAUCACUGCCAGGGGAUCGGCAGAAGUGAGAAAGUGGCCCCCAGUAACUGCUUAUCUACAGCUACAGCAGAUCGGGGGGUCACCUGGGGGCACAUACAGCCCUGGCAGUGCACCCCCACAAUGUUAGCGCCAAGACAGUUAUAUUAAAAAAAAAAAAAAAGAUACUUCAGUACUUCAGUGACAGCACUAUGCGCAGAUGGGCGCAGCUGCCACCCCACAGCAGGCAGCCUCGGUGGCUCCUCGAGGGAGGACAGCAGUGGGAAGCAGGAGCAGUGGGACCCUGGUGCCCUCACAGGACAGCAAACUUGAAGACAGCCAUGAUGGCAGCGCUGAUGAGGCCGGAGAUGGGGACGGUGACGAACCAGGCCAUGAAGAUGUUUCGGAAGAGGCGCCAGUCCACCGCCUUCCUGGAGCGCAGCCAGCCCACUGAGACGACUGAGCCCACCUGCACGAGGAGCCGGGGCACGUUCAGCACCAGAGCAGCCCUCUGCACCCCUCAAACACGCACUCCUCCACCUCUCAGGCAGAGCCCUGGGUCCUGCCCCGGCCUAUGGGCACUACACAGAGCGCAGGCAGGGAGUGCAGGGCAAGGAGCUGCCAGCCCAGAGGGGUGACAGGACCAGGAUCCCGCAGCACUCGGGUUCCCAUGGCCUCUUGGCAGAGCUUAGGGGAUCAUGAAAGGGGUUUUGUUCUGCCAUCACCUCCCAAGUGCCCCAGGGGCCCACCCCGAGGCUGGGCAGCUGCUGCCACCCCACAUUGAGAUGCAAGCAGCGGAGCUGGGAGCUGACAGUGGCCAGUGGCCCAGAGUGGGGCCUCCCACACAGCUCAGCCCUGUGAGCACCAAGAGCUGGGAACUCUGCGCUCACACAGAGCCAAAGCCGUGCCCCUGGUAGCCCUCCUACCUUGCAGUGGGUUGUGCUGAUUGGGAGGCCAACGUUGGAGGCAAUGACCACCGUCAGCGCUGAGGCCAGCUCGAUGCUGAAGCCGCUGCAGGGACAGAGAGCAGAUCAGAAUAGGGGCACGGGAUACCCCAAAACACCGUGGGCUCAGCUCAAGGCAGCACAGCUUGGCUCUGCAGCCCCCGGAUGAACCCCCCAGGAUGCAGCAAGGUGCUGGAGCCACACACACCCCAGCUCCACCACUGAAACCCCCAGGAGAGAAUGGAGAGGGGCUCCUGGAGCAGAACGCAGCUCUCAGGCCUCACUGAGCCUCCCCUCUGCUCCAUGGUAGCCCUUACCUGGAUGGUGUGAUGGGAGUCAGGUCCUUCCCCAUCGUCUGGAUGACUCUCCUUCCCCAGACCCACAAGCCAAUGCAAAUCCCUGCACCCCCAUAGAGAAGCAGCCAGAUGGGAGUUGCCACCUUAGUAGCCACAUCGCCCGUCUGAUAGACCAGGAAGAGUGCAACCAGGGGCCCAAUGGCAUUGCUGGAAGAGAAAGAGGAACUGGUCUAGAGGGCCAGAGGCUCUUGGCAAGAUAGAAUAUCCCUGGAAGUGUUCAAGGCCAGGUUGGAUGGCACAUGGAACAACUGGGUCAAGAGGAACAUGUCCAUGGCAGGGGGUUGGAACAAGGUAUUUAAGGUCGCUUCCACCCCAAACUAUUUUGUAGUUCCAUGAUUCUGUAAGCACUAGCCCCAGCUAGCAGCCUCCCUGGCUCCCACAACGCCACUGACCUGACAUCAUUGCCACCAUGAGCGAAGGAGCCAAAACAGGCUGUGAGGAUCUGCAAGAACUGGAAGAGCAGAGACACCUCAGGCUUGUCCUGCUCGUGCCACUCUUCCAGGGAGCCGGUGCUACCCUUGCGGUCAGCGGCCCCCAGCUCUGCCUGGGCUGUGUUCAGGUCCACAUCAGCAGCCGGGUGUGCAUCCGCCACUGCGUUGCAGUAGCUGGUGUAGCUGUCCAUGCGGACCCUCUUCUUCGUGUCCACCACAGACCAGCUGAGCUUCUCCCCCUCCUCGACGUCCCUGGCCCGCAGAGAGUCCAGGGGCAUGCCACAGAUGGCCAUGGUGUAGGAGGUAUAGCUGUUAUUGCGCCGCAGGGGCUUGUCCCCCGAGUCCCCCAUGCAGUCCCCCAUCUUGGCCAGGUGCAGCUUGUGCAGCAGCUCCUUGUAGAGGCCGGAGUCCUUGUGCACAGUGUGGUACUGGUACUGCCCCCCUGAGCCCAGCUGGUGGCCCACUGCCUGGCUCAGGUGGACCAGGUUGCCGUUGGGCAGCCGCACAGCUCCUGCCAGGGGGGACAGCGGGGUUAGCACCAAGGGGUGCCUGGGCUGGGGGAGUCUCAGCACCCCAAUCACCCCCUGCUACUCACCACUGUCAAUGCUUGUUUCCUUCAGGUCAAGGCUGGGAAGCCUCUCCUGCUCUGGGGCCUCCUCCAGCUCCCCCAGGUUGAAGGAGACCAUCCUCUCCUCCCCCGCUGCCCGAGGGGGCGCGGUUGACCCUGCAUCAGCAGCGGGGCCCUUGGCAUCUUCCAAGGGCAUUUUGGCCUCCUCUUGCUCCUCCUUUGGGCAAGCAUUCUUCUCCAUCAAGGGGCUUUCAGAAGGACUUGAUUUUAUCUCUCCUGCAAAGAAGGGCAGCCACCAUCAAACCCCUUUCCACCCUUGCGCCCAAUGCCAGCAGCAAGCCCACACCCCUUGCCACUCAGAUUUAUGGCAGCCAAAUAAAAUUUACAGCUCCUCCACAUCCUGAACUUUGGAAACUGCUGGACAGUCACACCUUGUCCCGGGCACAACAGCCAAACCAUCUAUGCCAGCUCAUCCCCUAUUUUUAGACACCCCCACCCACACGGGGUGUGGUGAACACCAUUAUGGGGCUUUUAUGUUGGUAAUGUCUAGUGCAGAGGUUCCUCUUUGGGCCAUGUUUGUCCCAUCCCCGUGGGCAGUGGGAUGCUCUGGACCCACUUCUGGAGCGGCUAUGACCCCUGAAGCUGACAGAGGCGCCCAGAAGAGCCCAGCUCCUCUACCAGCCCAGCAGCUCCAGCCUGGGCUCCUCUCCAGCUUCCACUGCUGGACAACAAACCCAAACAGGAGCUGGUCUCCACCCCCCAAAGGCAGCCUGGUUUCCUGUCCACCCUAGGCAGCCAAACCAGCAGCACCAAGCUGUGGAACCUGAGGCUGUUCCUCCGCCUCUAACAGUAAAAGCAUGUUUUCUCCAGGUGAAAACAUGAGGUCAGCUCCUUCAGACAACAACCAAAACCACCUUCUUGUCAUAAACAUGACCAUUUCCCUGUCACUUUGUUUGCCUCAAGGGCUGGGUUGUGGCAUCAACCCUCCAUCCUGGCAUCCAGUCCCAGCAGAGCUGUCUCCCCCUGCAUGCCCACCUCCUCCCAGGGAUGCUGUGGGCAGGCAGGGAGCAUAGUAUGCCUGACAGGCAGAAGAGCCCACCUCACCUCAUGGGCAGGAGUUAAGUUAAACAGCUGGAGGAUUGUCAAGAGCAGCCAUAAAGCUGUUAGUCACACCCCAAUUACACCAGCACAACAAGGACAUCCCCUCAUCACCAACUCCCAAGGCCCCAGCCUGCACACAUCAUUGAUAUUCAGGACCACAUGCAGUUCCAAGCACUGCUCCGGAGGCAGAGCUCCAGGCUGAUCCUUUGGAUGCCUUUCAAUAGAGUGUUUUGGGUUUUUUUGCUACAGGGGAAGGAUUUCAUCAGCUUUAAACUUGUGAUCUGCAUCAGCCAGGCCAAGGAUUGCUCAGCAGGUAUGAGAAGAUUAAAGAUUACAACAGGCACGUUGUCUCUUGCCUUCUCUCUCCUCUGAUAGAGAGGGACAAGCUGUCUGACACUGCCCACAGCUCCAGGAGAGACCACCCUGCAGAUCAAUCAGCCCCAGACACUGCUCAGCAGCACAACAGCUGCUCCUGGGGGGGGUCUGGGUGCCUGGGUUAGGAGCAGGCAGAGCCCAGCACGCUGAGUGCCCCAGUGACUCAGAGCAGGUUAAUCCCCGAGUGAAGAGGAGGAUUCUGUUAAUAACAGCCCCACAGCUAAUGGGAUCUCCCACUGGGAAGAGAAGUGGGUUAGCCAGAGCGUGCCCUUCCCCGAGGAUUGCAGAGGGAUGUGGUACUUACGGUCGAUUUUCUUCUUCAUUCUCGGACAUACAAAGAACCAGACGACGAGAGCACAGACAACAGCACUCCCCGCCGAAAUUAGGAGGAUACCCCACAGAGGAACUUUGUCAAAGCCCAGCACUAGGAAAUAAAACAACGGAUCUUUGAAAACCUCUGGGCAAAACCUUCCUCAAUAUAUGACUUUGGUUUUCCCAGGCACAGGGACUCCAUCACCUGCAACAGCCCUGAGCUAAUCCACCUGCCAGGGAGAAGCACUGCUGGGAAGGCAUCACUGACCUUGCUGAGACCCUAGCUAUGCUCUGAGCCCCACAAGUCACAUUCCCAUCAGUAGCUGACCCUUCACAGCCUUUCCCCCAGCCAAGCCCUGUACAGAGUGGUGCAUGCCCCAGGCUCCACACAGCUCUUGUCUCCUCAUUUGCUGCAAUGUCAAAGGGAAAAACACUUCCCAGUGUGGCUGCUGCAGCGCCAGUGCUGCUUCCCUGCUCUGGAGAGGACACGGACACUGGGCUGCUCCCACCCUGGAGCUCUCCAGCCCCUGCAGCUGCUGGGGAGGGCAGCUCUUCUGCUCCAGGAGUCAAUGGCAAUUUAGGCUUCAUAGCAUCUGAGGUGAUACAUGACCCACUUAGGAGCAUUCUCACAGUCAGCCUGACUUUGAGCAGAGGACUGGCAUCACACAAGCCCAGGCAGGGCAUCAGGUGCUUGUGACUAUCCAAACCCUGCAUUUGCUGCUGCAGGCAGUGCCUUGUUGCUCCUGAAGCAGCCCAGACACCUCCAGCAGGCACAGGUCUGCCUGCAAACCCUGUGCUCAAGCAACCUAGAGUUCACUCAGCAGUUCAGGGCUCAGGAUGAACACAGAUCCACUUUGGACAUGCCAAGUGAUCAAGUAAUUUGGGAGCAGCCCCAGUGCCCCCAGCAGCACCACGGCAGGCCUGCCCUCCUCUCCCCCAUGUUGCAGAGCCCAGGGAAGGGGAAGCUGAUAUCCCUCCAAAAAAUUUUCCAGCCACUGUUUACAGAGCAAACCCUGCCAGAGCCAGCACUGCCUGCCCGCAUCCCACCUCCAGAGGCUCCUCCACAACAGGAAACCCACGCUGACACCAGAAAACAGCUCAGGCCGAGUCAUCCCAGCAAACAACGGAGGUGACGGAGCCUCUGGCUCCACGGGCAAAUCCACCUAUCCCUGCUGAGCCCUCCCUUAGUCAUGCUCCUGACUUGUCCCUUGCCACACAGCAUCCUAGCUUGGCUUUUCAACCUGAAGCUCAGACUCUGCAGCACACAGGCCAGCUCUUCUGGACAAGAGUAAUUAGCUUGUUUUUAGGGACAGGAUGAAGCAGGAGGCGCAGCCCCAUCCCUGCUCCGAGCCCCACUGCUGGCAGCCAGCAGAUACCUGAGUUUUAGCACAGGUAAGAGAAGGGAAGGGGAAGCCAUGCUAUUGGCCAGUCCUGGCAAGUCUAAGGAGAAAGGUCUGGAGGAGUUUAGUUUGAGCAGGUCUCUUUGGCUGGGCAACUACCUAGCCCAGACAGUGCAGGCUAGCCUGCCGCCUUCCGUAACCGGCACAGGCCAGCCGCCUUCUAGGAGAUCUCAGCCCUGUAAAGCAAAAAAGGGGUAAAUCGUGCAUUUAAUGGAGGCUUUGGAAAGAAUUUCAAAAUUCAGGUUGAAGCAUUUGCUGUGCACUUACAGGGCGCCCCAGUGUACAUGAUGGAGAAGAGGUUGAUUCCCACAGUGCAAGCGUAGAAGACGGGCAAAGCUCGCAGGCCGUUGGGAACAGGAUCUGCCUGGAAAACACAGAGCAGUGCUGCAGAGAGGCACAGUGGGGGCUGUGCAGCAGCCCAGGAGCAGCUCAGCAACAGAUCCUCUCCAGAAGGGGUUUGUGCCCUCAGUCACCUACAGAUGACAGCUCCCAACAGCCUUUAGGGAACAGCCCCCAGUCAGAUGGAGGGCAGGAGGUAGCACAACACCUGGAUCCCACAAGCCUCCCCACAGAGCUAGGGCAGACCCAGCCAAGGCUUCCAGCACUCCCAGGCCUGGAACAACUCAUCUCUAUCUGGCUUCUGAACCCUUUCCCUGGCUCCCCAAAGUGCCACCUCCACUUACAUUUUUCUUUCAACUCCCCAAUAACUUUCAAAGCUUUUGCCCCUUUUCAGCUGACUUGAACAAAAUAAAAAGUCCAUUAGUCACAAAGGAGCUUAUUUGACCACAUAACCUGGCAGCAAGGCCCUCACCCCAGCAGAAGGAGUGUUUAAUCCCCACUGCUGCCCAGCAAUUGGGAUUUGGCAUCAGGACAAGCACACCAAGCCUCCCUGAAUGCCAAGCAGCACAAGCACCAGGAUGGAGCAUGACAGGGCCAGCCACGCUUUGGGAGGCUGGUUACACAAGGUUACUGUGACAGUGGUGACGCUGAGCUGUUCUAAAGGACUGCCACUGAUAAAAUCUUAACAUCUCUUCAAUUGUUAGAGGUAAAACUUAAAGGAAUUUAACCUCAGAUAUGCAGAAAAGAAUACUGGAGUUUCUCUGCAUAGUUUGGGUCUCAGGAAUGUGGCUUCCCCAGACUUGGGAACAAUUCUGUCCCUCCUAGCUGAGGAAUGCCAUGGCUGUGGAUAAAUACCUUUACCUGCAGCCUACCCCAUGGAAAAAAAGCCCCUUACACCAGGAUUUUGGAAAAGCCCAGAUGACAGCACUGGUCUUAUCAAUUCUGAGCUACUUCAUUACUGGGAAACAGGGCUGUUCCUGCUGAAGCCAGGCAAAACAACUGCCAUGUUUCAGAGGGGAGGUGAUGCCCCAAACCCUCCAAGUCCACUCUGUGGAGUGGCCACAGGCCCCAUUUUCUCACGUCUUCAGCUUCCAAAGGGCUCCCCUGAUGCCAACACAGACACUCCAGGAUGUGCGGAGCCCUGGUGGCCAUAAGCCAACCAACAAGUCCAUUGAGAGCAGCCCAGAGCCCCAAAGCAUCAGAAAACAGGGCAGACAGCCCUUACCUUACAGAGGAUGAACCUCUGGACGAGGAAGAACAGGAUAGCAGACAUGAUGCCCGAAAGAAGGGGUGAGAUGAACCAGGACAACACUAGAAAGUGAGAGGCACAAUCAGCAUCCUGCUGCUGGAAAAGGAAGCCCAGGGACACAUGGGGUCCAUGUCUGGGGUGGUCCUGCUGCUGCACUUACCAAUCUUCAGCAACUCAGACCACUUGACACCUUCCUGCCCUUUGGCCACCAGUGAGAAGCCAAUGGUGGCCCCAACGAUGCAGUGGGUGCCAGAAAUGGGGAGCUUCAAGAAUGAAGCCAUCAGCUGCCACACAGCAGAUCCUGGAGAAGAAGCAGCCGGCUAAGAGAGCCAUCACCAGGGCAUCCCGGGUCACAGUGCCCCUCCACCGUGACCUCCCCGCUCCUUACCGGACAUGGCGCUGAUCGAGCCUGCCAUCAGCAGCUCCCGUGAGGAGUUGUACAUCUUGACAUCGAUCAGACCCUUGCGGAUGGUCUCGCUGACCUUGGCCCCCAGCAGCACGGAGCCCACCGUCUCGAAGAUGCUGGCCAGGAUGCAGGCCUGCCGCAGGGUCACCACCCCCGAGCCCACGGCCGUGCCGAACGAGUUGGCCACGUCGUUCGCACCGACAGAGAAGGCCAGGACGAAGGCGAUGAUGAAGCCCAGGACCAGCAUCCAGAGGACGUUGGCCAUGGGGGCGGCGGGCACCGUGGGGUCCAUGGCGAUAGGUUAAUAAAUUAGGUACAAAAUUAAAUAGAGGGAUCGCUAUAGGGCUCGGGGACACCGCGACGUCCUAGGGGCCCGUGGGUCGCAGGGGCUGGGGGCCGGCUGCUGCGCCAUGGUCCGCGCCGCUCCUCAUCCUGCGGGAAGGACAGAGCUGAGCGGGGCGAGCACCGGAACCGGCCCUUCCCGCCGCCGGUAACGGCCGCUCCCGCGCGCGCCACCGCCCCCUCCCGCCGCCAUGCGUGCGUGCGCCCGCCCCUGCCCGUCACCGCCGCUCACCGCUGCGCCGCGCCGGGCCGGGCCGGGCCGGGCCGCGUUAACCGGGAAUGCCCAGCCGCGUGCGGUGCCGCUCGGAUGCGCUACCGCCCGGACCCCGCUGCCCUCCCUCGGUCCCGGUCGGUGUCGCCACCCGGUCUAAGGCGGCCACAGCGCGCGGCGCCUUUAACACCGCCCCCCGCCCCCGCGUGACCGCGGCCCCGCCCCCGCCCGGCCCGGCCCCGCCCUCGCUGCCCAUUGGUCCACACUCCGAGGGAAAGGGGCGGGGCCGCAUCGCCAUUGGGCAGCGCCGAGCACGGAGACCGAGGCCGGCCCCGCCCUCCCGUGCGGGCAGCGCGCCGGCGAACCACGUGCGCGCCUGGUGUGCCCCGGGAGGGACGGCACCGGAACCGGCACUGCAUGGCAUAGCAUGGCAUAGCAUGGCCCGGCACCGGAACUGGCACCGGAACCGGCACGGCAUGGCACCGGAACCGGCGUGGCAUGGCAUAGCAUGGCCCGGCACCGGCACUGGCACCGGUACCGGCACUGGCACGGCAUGGCCCGGUACCGGCAUGGCAUGGCAUAGCAUGGCCCAGCACUGGCACCGGAACUGGCACCGGCACGGCCCGGCAUGGCACCAGGACCGGCACGGCAUGGCCCGGCACCGGCACAGCAUGGCCUGGCCGGGCACAUCUGGCACGGCUUUCCACCGAUGUGGACUCUGCUCCAGUGUGGCACAGGCACAGCCCAGCAGGUGUGAGGGCCCAGGCUGGGAUGCAGCACAGCUCGACUCGCUUUGGCACGGAUGUGGGGCUGGCCCAGGUGUCACCAGCAGUCUCCAGAAACCCCCAGCACUGCAGCUGCUGGCGUCCUUGCCUACCUGGGCUCCACUCCUGACUGAUCCUCUUACUUCACGUUGUCCUACUCGGUUGUUAAUUGGUAAUAAAUUAAAAUUAAUUUUCCUGAGUCAAGCGUUUUGCCCAUGACUUAACUGUUGAAUGAUCUCUGUCUCCUUACCUCACCCCAAAAGUUGUUCCAUGGCUCUCGCCCCUGCCACAUGUGCCUCCAUGGCCCCUCCCUGUGUCACCAGCUGGGCACUGAAAGUGCAGUCAUGUUCUGUGAGAACUUACAUGAUCCAUAUACAUGAUCCAUGAAUAGUUUGGUUUGUCGGAGCAACAGGAAAGCAGGUUCAGAAUAAAUGCAUGAACCACAGAGUGUUAAUAUGUCAUGGCAAAAGGUAUAGAACAGAAUAGAUAUAAAAUAUUCCUGGGUCUGUGAGUUGCUGGAGGCUGGGAGACACUCAGUGCUUGUUCUGGACAGCAGCCAGACACAGCAGAGCUCCACAGGAAACACCCGCACAGGCACCUCACCUUUUCCUGGUGUUCCAGUAAGCCGGGAUGGAAAAAGCCCUGCCAAGGUUAGCCCCAGCUCCUUUCCUUGCCACGCAUUUCUCCAGGGGAUGGUGCCCAAGCAUAUGAAACAAUCUCACCUGCAUGGCAGACCCCUUCCACUCACUGCGUGCUGGUGGAUCACUGGCAAAGGCAUUGGUGAACACAAAUCACAUUGUGGGUAAGGCUGAAAGAGACAACAGUGGGAUCAUCUGGUCCCACCUCCCUCCUCAAGCGAGGUCAUCCAGAGUACAUUGCACAGAAUUGUGGUCAGACAGUCCUGGAAUAUCACAAGUGGGUGAGACUCCACAACCUGGGCAAUCUGUCCCAGUGCAUGGCCACCUGCACAGAGUUCUUCCUCACAUUCAGGUGGAAUUAAUAUGAAUUUGCAAAAAACGCAACGAAGGGUCAUGUCCAGGGUCACUGUAUUGCUUACAGCGUGGAUAAUACACAUAGUGAAAAUCAAAUUGGAAUAAAUUAGAAUCAGUGGCAUUGUGGGGCUCCCCUCACCCCCUCAGUACCCAGGGGACCUGCAGUGGCACCCAUGUGAGUUUGCUGCUAGUACAACACAACUGAUUGUGCUUCUGCUCUUUAUUUAUAAAUACAAAUAUUCUCCAAACACUCUGCUGGCUCCUCUGCCUGGGCCCUCUGAGCUGGCUCAGGCAGCUGCAAGGCGCCUGUGGACAGAGGAAGCUGCUGAGGCGUGCUGGGCACAGGGUGGGUGUGAGGGUGUGGAACAGCCUGGGCACCCCUGGGCCGUGGGCACCCCUGCACAGGGCACACAGAGGGCUCUGGGCCAGCCCACAGCACCAAUCUCCACUCACUGGAGCUCCAAACGCCUCGUGCCACCCCAUGCUGCCACAGCAGCUCUCCUCCGCCCCACCAGCUCACUUCCUCCUCUUCCUCCACACAUGGAUCACACAGCACAGCACCAUCCCCAGCAGCAUGGAGCCGAGGAU